UCCAAAGCCUUCGAAUGCACCAAAAGCAGGUGGUGAAGGAUCUUUCGACACCGAUCUAAGCGGACACUGUCACACCUCACACAAGGGUUGUCCGCUCGUCCCCGGUGGAUGGUUGGUGUCACAAAAAAUCGGUCGUCCGCUACGGUCGUAAAAGUACAGUAUAAUCCAAUACAGACUACCAGUGGUCAAGCCCGCCAUAGAGAGCAAGUCAAGAAUACACAUAAGUGAUAUGAUUUAACAUCCCUUCAUAUGACGACUGUAAGUAAGUCACAUCGGAUGAGAGCAUACAGUAGGCUGCGUGGCCAUGUUAGAAGCCUUUUGGUCAAUACAAAACUUUCCAAAUGGGGACAUCCGUCGAUCAAUGUUGUGACUUCGUACUCGUGACAGACGCGUCGUGUGACAACCGCGUCUGCGGGUUGGUGGCACCGACGAUACGCUUGUUUCACAAGUCUUAAGCUUGACGACAUAGUCCAAUAGUAUCAGAUGGACGUAGAGACAAGUCGAGCGAAACGAUUGGAGAAACAGCAGUCGAGGUAUCGGGAUAGGGGAGGCAUAUUCGUGCCGGCUGAAACAAACCCACUACUAGAGGUUUUACUUGCUCGAGGUCCGAAUGGAGAAUCACCAUCUAAAUACCGCCAUGGCAAGAGGUCUCCAAGUCGUCGAGAGAGUACUCGCGACUCUGCCCAAGGUCGCUUGCGAAAAGGCGAGCCAACCGUGAAAUCAGGCAGGAAAUCUACUCCUGCUAAGAGCAAGAACAAAUCUACGAAGUCUACGCGUAAGUCCACUACCACAGGAGGUGCCGCUGCUAGUGUCGAGCAGAUGGAUGCAGGACCUUCACGUUUACCUGCUGCGUCAUCUAGUCGUGCUGUCAAAUCAAAGGUGAAUGACAAGCAUGCGACUACCACAGUUUGUAAUGGUAUAGUCAUUCACUGUCAAUAUGUAUCGUUCAUUCACAGCCUUUCUUUUGCAGAGUCCGAUAGUACAGGGAAAGACAUUGCUAAUACCGGGCAACUCGGUAAAGAAGCAGCCCCUGCAUCAAAAGUUGUGCAAGUGAAAUCUAGUCGCACUACUCGAUCAAAGGGCAAGGAUAAAGCAUCUGAGCAUAACGAUGACGUGCGAGGUGACCAUGACGAUAUCCCUCCUCCAGCCAAAACCAAAGCAGUCACCCGUGGUCACAAGGCACCGCCGAAGGAAACCUCAGACCCUGGCAAAGAAGGAGCCGCUACCAAGCGUUCCAGAGCAGCGGAAGAGGCCGAUCCUGAUGUCGUGCCUCCACCGUCAAAACGUCCCAAGCGAAAAACUGCUGCAAAGUCUUCGGAGCCUCGAAAAACAGACAAGGUCACCACUCAAGAGUUAGCGCCUCCAGUUCCUGACACACUUCGGGACUUCGAGCAGCCAAGACCGAGGCGAACCCAACAGGCAACGCGAAUUACCAAAGACAAUGAUGACGUACAGAUCUCCACAUCGAUUGCCGGGCCUGCAGGGGGUGGGCCUUCCAACGCCGUUUCCAUGCAGAAAAGACAGUCGUCCCGUCACAAAUCCUCGAGCACAGCGACCAAGCGUGCCACAACUGUCAUAUUCUCUAGCGACGAUGAAGACUGUGAACCGGAGCCCAUAACCCGAUUGAGGUCAUCUGUGAUUACCGUUUCCGCCAACGUGGUUCGAGGUGGACCCACACCGGGGGCGAAGCAGCCGGAUUCCAAGAGCAGUAAUUUCGCUUCAGAGGAUCGACUGCAUACAAUCAAACCUAGAGUAGCACAUCGAACGCGGACACAAGUGGGUUUGCCUUCGCCGCCGGAUGACGAUGAAGAUUCAGAAUCGGACGUCCCAUUGGCUGUUGCGGUGGCUCGCAAAAGGAAAGCCCGGAGGUAUUUGGUGAAAGAUGACCUCGCUAUGCGAAAUCGGCACAAUGCUUCUGAUGAGGUAGCACCUGAGGCAAGCAAAGAGCAGAGAGGCGAUCAGAAGGACAUGACCACAAAUGGGCAGCGGGGCGUUAUCGCAGCAGGCAGUUCAACUGGUUUGACUGCAAAAAGAGCGACGGUUCGGGUUGAUGAAGAGGAACUAAUGGGCAGUGACAGGGAUGCCUCGGACGGAAUGAUUGACAAGAAGAAAUCUGCCGCCAGAUCUAAGCCCGGAACCAAGGUCAAAACAAAACCACUGAAAUCUUCUUCCAGAAGUCACAAAGAGAACCGCAAGGCAUCGAAGAACGUCGUAAAGAAAAAGCGCACGCCGCUGCCCGGGCCUCGAAUGUCGAUGUUCCCUGUACCGAACAUGGUUCCGGAUGAUGAUGACGAUCCUAUCGACCUGUUGGCAUAGUCUUCAGGUCAUGUAGAUAUACCUUCUAUACUUAUAUUGUACCCCAAAUACCAUUCACUCAGAAUAUGCAGAUAGACAGAUGGUUUGGUGACGUGAUGGAAUAACACGAAUAGC